UCUUCCCAUCUCCGGCAAGGACUUAGUGGGGGCUUGUACCCGGUUCUCUGGCAUCUCCUGGAUUGGGUGUAGGCUUGCUCAGCCCCAUUACCUCCGCUCUCCUGCUCACCUCCUCCCGACAUUUCCCUGAACCGGUUCAUCAGCUCCCUCCUUGCUCAGAUCUGCAGGACUCAGGCCUGUGAGCCAGGAGGGCCCAGUUCUGAAAAGCCAAGCCGUCCUGUGCAGGGCAAGUGGGGCACAGGGCUGGUCCGUCUCAGGCGUCCGCCUCCGCAGGCCUGGACGAUGGGCAACGUGAUGGAGGGUAAGUCGGUGGAAGAGCUGAGCAGCACCGAGUGCCACCAGUGGUACAAGAAGUUCAUGACCGAGUGCCCCUCGGGCCAGCUCACCCUCUACGAGUUCCGCCAGUUCUUUGGCCUCAAGAACCUGAGCCCGUCGACCAGCCAGUAUGUGGAGCAGAUGUUUGAGACCUUUGACUUCAACAAAGACGGCUACAUCGACUUCAUGGAGUACGUGGCGGCGCUCAGCCUGGUCCUCAAGGGGAAGGUGGAACAGAAGCUGCGCUGGUACUUCAAGCUCUACGACGUGGAUGGCAACGGAUGCAUCGACCGCGACGAGCUGCUCACCAUCAUCCGGGCCAUCCGAGCCAUUAACCCCUGCAGCGACUCGACCAUGAGUGCGGAGGAGUUCACCGACACGGUGUUCUCCAGGAUCGAUGUCAACGGGGAUGGGGAGCUGUCCCUGGAGGAGUUCAUGGAGGGCGUCCAGAAGGACCGGAUGCUCCUGGACACGCUGACGCGCAGCCUGGACCUCACCAGCAUUGUGCGCAGGCUCCAGAACGGGGAGCAGGACCAGGAGGGGGCCGGGGGCGGGGCGGCUGAGGCAGCCGGCUGAACCGCCCCCAGGUGCUUCUGCGUGGGGAGGGGUGUGUGGCGGUGCUGGUGGUGGUGCUGGUGUCACCAUUGUCGCUUUUACCCCCUAGAUAGUCUACUGAACUCAGGGCUCAGCUCCCCUCGCUGGGCAGCACGGUGGUAGCGCAGGGCCAGGGUGGGGGUCCGGAGGUGGGGAUGGUGAAGCACAGUUGCUGAACCUCCUCUGUGUGACUCAGCUGGUGGUGACUCUUCCUGCUGGGGGCACCCGGCAGCCCUCUGCCCGUCUGGCACCUCCCCAGCUUCUCCCCUGAGCUUCUGCAGGCCCACUCUCUAGACAUGGAAGCGCGAGGCUGAUCUGAUGGAGCCCUCCAGGGCCUGUGCUGCAGCCUCCAUCCUGGUGCUGCAAGGAGCCCCAGGACCAUCGAGCCAUCGUGUGUGCUUGGCAUGGAUUUGCCCCUCCCACUCCACAAGCAUUUAUUGAACACCUACUAUGUACUAAGGCUAGAUGUUAGAUGUGCAGGGAAGAGGAGCCUCAUCUUCAAGGAACUCACAGGCUAAGUUCGUUAUAAUAAAACCAGUGGCCCGCUGCAUGAAAUUCAUUCACAUUAAAAGGGAAUUAAUUAGAGGAAAUAUUUUAA